UUGGCCAAUAGCAGCAGCUCAUACUGAAUCACUUCUUUUGCCGCUAAAACCAAACUCGCUCCAGUUUUUGCCUUGUGAAGCCGCAUGUAUAUGUGGAGGAAAGUAACAGAAAGAGCAGCUGAAAAUGGGAAUCCCUGGUUUGCUGCAGUUCAUCAAAGACGCAGGAGAGCCUGUCAACGUGAAAAAAUACAAAGGGCAGACCGUGGCUGUGGACACGUACUGUUGGCUGCAUAAAGGAGCUUUUUCAUGUGCGGAGAAGCUCGCUAAAGGAGAACCAACUGAUCAGUAUGUGUGGUACUGCAUGAAAUUUGUGGACAUGCUGUUGACCUUCAGUGUCAAACCAAUUCUGGUGUUUGAUGGACGCAAUCUGCCUUCAAAAAAAGAAGUGGAAAAGGCCCGCAGAGAGCGUCGAGAAGCCAACCUUCAAAAAGGCCGGCAGCUCCUACGAGAAGGCAAACUCUCCGAGGCCAGAGACUGUUUUACCCGCUGUGUUAACAUCACCCCAGCCAUGGCUCAUAACCUUAUUAAGGCUGCGAGGGCGAGAGGAGUGGACUGUGUAGUGGCUCCAUAUGAAGCUGAUGCUCAGUUAGCUUACCUCACUAAGUCUGGUUUGGCCCAGGCUGUCAUUACAGAAGACUCUGACCUGCUGGCAUUCGGCUGUAAAAAGGUGAUCCUCAAAAUGGAUAAGCAGGGCAAUGGCCUAGAGAUAGACCAGAGUAACCUGGGCCGCUGUCGCUCUCUGGGGAACGUUUUCACCGAAGAGAAGUUUCGCCACAUGUGCAUCCUCUCUGGCUGCGACUACCUGGCCUCCCUGCAUGGCAUCGGCCUGGGCAAGGCCUGCAAGCUGCUGCGGCUGGCCAAAGACCCUGAUAUCCUCAAGGUGAUCAGAAAGAUGGGCCAGUACUUGAAGAUGAGUCUCGUCGUCCCUGAGCAGUACAUCGAGGGGUUCACCAGAGCCAAUAACACCUUCCUCUACCAGCUGGUGUUUGAUCCUGUCAGAAGGAAGGUUGUACCCCUCAACCCGUACCCAGAGCACGUUGACCCGGCCACCCUCAGCUACGCUGGCCUUAAUGUCGGAGAUGACAAAGGCUUGCAGAUGGCUUUGGGAAACCUUGACAUCAACACAAUGGAGAGAAUAGACGACUUCAGCCCAGACAAACCCAUGACACAGCCAUCUAAACCUCGCAGUUGCAGCUGGAACGCCUCCCCAGCCUCCACUGGACCCAGUAUCUGGAGCCGAAGCUUCAGGCCAGCCUCCGCUGCCCCGCCCCAGCCUGCUGCCUCCCCAGACAGGCCUCUCUCGACCAGGGGGAAGGAGAGAGUCGUCCACCUGGAUGGUCUGAGGCUUCCCUGCAGAGAGCUGCAAGUGAAGAGACCAAGAGAUGACUCUAGUAUAUCAGACCUGGAUGUUCUGCAGCAGUACUCCUCCUCCAGUCAGAAGCGAUCCAGGUCAGACCAGCGGCAGGACAAGCGGACACCGGCCAGUCAGCCCCGGCCACGCAAUCGCUUCGCCACCCUCCUGCAGAGACGGAACCAGGAAGCUGAGGAGGACGGCCAGGCCACAUGCAGCAGAUUCUUCAGCAGUUCCAGUUCAGCAGCCAGUCUGAGCACUAAGCAGUCUGUUCAGGAGGAUUUACCUCAGAGUGUGAGUCCCACUCAGGACAAGUCCCCUCCCAGCAUCCAGACCAAUGACAGUGAUGGCCCCGACGUCCCAUCUUUGGACACCCCAAGCCCGCCUCAGACCCCUAGCAGCACUCCCCCCUGUUCAGCCAGUCAGGGCCUCGGACUGUUUGAUUGGUCAGGCAGUUCCCCCUCAACUGAACAAUCAAAAACGCCAAAGUCCACUUCAGGGCUGGCUGUCCUGCAGCUGUUUCAGUAUAAGAGGGAGAGUUUCUCUUCAACCACAAAGACCCAGAAACCCUCUAGAGACACGUCACCCCCGCAUCUGUCCUCCACUGACAGGAACCCAGAGGACAAGGACGACCUCCCAGACUCCCCUCCCUCCCAGGACAGUGCCUACUUCUCCCAGUCCCAGACUUACCUCACUACCUUCCACAAAGAGGAAGCCCCCACCUACAACUUCUCAAACUCCUACCAGGAGGAUGCUGCGUCUAAUAUUCAGGAAAUGAAUUCAAGCAAAGAUCUGGAGUCAGAGCAGAGUCCAGCACACUCAACAGAAGUGGAUAAGAAACCCAGCAUACUGAAAUCCAAGGUUGCAGGUCUGUUGAAGCCCAAGUCCAGCAGCCAGGGUCAGGUCACAAAGGUGCGGGCGUUGGGUCCAGCCAGGGCCAGUGGACUGAGGAAGAAAUCUGCAAACUCUGGGAAGAAAAUUUCCUCCCCCAAUAAUGAAAACAACCCUGGUGUCCAGGCCACCAUCAGCAGCCUCUGGAAGAACUUCAGCUUCAAAAAAGAUACUCAGAAUAUGACCCCCUGUAAGACAGGAGAGCCCAUGUCUCCAGUCAAAGACAACCUGCUGGCCAACUCGCCUCAGACCGACACGAACUUAAUCACCAGCUUCUGAUGGAUGGUUUGAAUGUUUCAUACAGUGCUGAGCGCUCUGUGUGGGAAUGAAGCUUUUAAACAUACCAUGUAUGUUAAUGAUUUCUCAUCAACCUGUAUUUCUUAAUGUAUAGUUUUAAAUAAAGCUACUGUCUACUAUUCCAAA